GGAAGAAUUUCAUUGGGAUGGACAUCUACAUCAGUAAAUCACUAAACUUGCACAGACUUUGGCUUUAUCCAAGGAUUCCUGCAACAAUCUCCGGCUUUACGGCAAACUUCGCGCGGAUGGAAUUGACAGGAUUGUAUCAGUUUUCCACCAUCACGCAGGGUUGACACAGGGCUACGCCUUACCAGUAAUGGAUGUCCCCCCAUCGAUCAGCGCUUGCGGCCUCAGGAUCCAGCCGUGAUGCAUCACUGACUCACAAGGCGCUGCCUUCGAUCUGUGGAGGUCAUGCGCUAUAGCCUUACAACCUCGCUGUGGGAUAUAUAGUACGAUGGAAUUACUGCAAUGCUGACAGAACUGUCUCAACAACAAUGUCUUCCUCAACGUCGCAGGAUGUCAUCCCACAACUCGACCUCGGGAACACGUUUGGGGCACUUUUUAUCGCCAUUAUCUUUGCAGCAAUUCUCUUUGGUGUGACAAACGUUCAAGUUUUCAUAUACUUUCAGACACACGGAGGUACAGGGAUGACAUUCUAUAAGCUGGUCGUGAUUUUGUUAUGGACACUUGAUGCUCUGCACCUAGCCUUGAUCAUCCAUGGCGUCUAUUAUUAUCUGGUGAUCAACUACGCAAACGUCGCUGCGCUCUCAGACCUUGUAUGGAGUGCCAAACUUCAUAUCCCAGUCAACACGCUCAUGAUUUGGGGGGUGCAUCUCCUAUAUGUUCAUCGUAUAUGGAUAAGUACUUGUUCCCCUAUUAAUGUAUUUGCCGCGACUAAUGCGACGAACAUAGUCAGCAAGGGCCGAUCAAGAGCUCUCCCUAUAACAGUGGGCAUAAUCGUAGUCCUAGGUUCAGGUCUUAAUUGGGCAACAUAUCGGUGCCGCACGUUCGGGGAUUUAUUGAAAACUUUCGAAUGGGCGAACUACUCAACGUUGGGCACACUGAGCUUUCUCGAUAUUCUUAUCGCAUCAUCGCUAUGCUAUCUCCUCAUCACCUCUCGCACUGGGUUCUCUAACACCGAUUCCUUCCUAACAAAGCUCAUGAGUUACACCAUUACUACCGGCUGUCUGACAAUUAUAUUUUCAUUGACAGCUAUCAUCACAUGAGCAGCGAUGCCGAAGAACUUCAUCUACCUCGGUGUUGAAUUUUUAGUAGCGAAAGUAUACGUUAACUCGUGCAUCGCACUCCUGAACGCACAAUACUACACACAAUCCAACGCAGACAAUCUUGUUCUCUUGAAUUCUGCACCACAAGGCGAGAACUUCCCCACACCC